UUCUCUCUUCUCUCCUCUCUUCUCUCUUCGUUGAAACGAGAGGAGAGAAGAAAAGAAAAGGAAAGGAAAGGAAAGAAAGACAAUGCUUGUUGUCUCAGACAAACUACACAUGUUUUAGACAACAACAAUAAACACACAAACACAGACACAGAGAGAAAGAAGAAGAACACAACCAAAGAAAAAAUCGAAAACACAAAGACAACAAAGAAAAACAUCAUCGAUGUCCACGCAAAUGCAAGAUCCACCACCUUCAAACCCUAAUUCCCACAACAAUCAUCAUCAACUCAAUUCGAACAAUGCGUCUCACUCUCAUCCGCCACAGCCUCCCAAGAAAUCUCAGCCAUUACCAGCAAUCACGAACACCACGACGUCGUUUAUGAAAGGUGGGGGACACCACAGGAGGGCUCACUCCGAGGUCAGCUUCCGGCUGUCCGAUGAUAUGAUGAUGGAUCUAUCGCCGUCUGAUGCUUUUAACGGCGGAGGUGGCAGCGGCGGCGGCGGCGGCGGCGGGGGUGGUGGGUCAUCCACUGCUAGUUUGGACGAGAUCGGAUCGGAGGAUGACCUUUUCUCUACCUACAUUGAUGUUGAUAAACUCGGUGGCGCGGAUCAGAGUGGCGUUGAAGGAAACGGUAAUGGAAAUGGAGAGAAGAGUGGUGGUGAUGGUGGCGGCGGCGGCGGCAGAGGUAGGCACAGGCAUAGCAGUUCCGUUGAUGGGUCCUCCACUACGACGUCGUCUACAGGUGUGUUUGGCGAGAUUAUGGAUGCCAAGAAAGCCAUGCCUCCUGAUAAGCUUGCUGAGCUUUGGAGCAUUGAUCCUAAGCGUGCCAAAAGGAUAUUGGCAAAUCGCCAGUCUGCUGCCCGCUCGAAAGAGAGGAAGGCACGCUAUAUACAAGAACUUGAGCGUAAGGUUCAGACUCUUCAGACAGAAGCUACCACUCUUUCUGCCCAACUUACGCUAUUCCAGAGAGACACAACUGGUUUGAGUACUGAAAACACAGAGCUUAAGCUUCGAUUACAAGCCAUGGAGCAACAAGCUCAGUUGCGUGACGCUCUGAAUGAAGCACUGAAGAAGGAAGUUGAGAGGCUCAAGAUGGCAACUGGAGAAAUGAUGAGCCCUUCUGAGUCAUUUAGCAUGGGAAUGCACCAGAUGCAAUUUGCACCAUCAACAUUUUUCCCACAUCUGCAACAACAGGGACCUGCUGGCCACCAGAACAUGCAGUUGCCAUUCAGUCAUUCCCAAUCUAGCAUGUCAACUCACCAAAUGCAUCAAUCAAAUUCUCAUGCACUCUCAGAAAUGAUGCAGAACGACCAUCUUCGCCGAUUGCAGGGGCUUGAUAUUAGUAGCCAAGGAUCAUCUCUUGUGAAGUCUGAAGGCCCUACACUUUCUGCAAGUGAAAGUAGCUCCACAUUUUGACACAAAUCGGCUGCUAAACUGCUGACCCGCUGACUUGUUUAUGGCACUCUCUUCUGGUAGAUUGUUUAUAGACUUUGACAUCUAGUCAUUUAGAGAAGGUACUCUAUUUAUUCUAUUAUUUAUUUCAUUUGUGUCAAGGAUUUAUAUGAUACUUAAUUGUUUAUUCUUCGGGUUGUUCCUCAAAAAGGGGUAUCACCCUCAGGUUCGUUGCAAUGUUCAUCAGUCAUUUAUACACUCUGGGAUUUGUUUUGCUGGGGUACUAGAACAUAUGGGAAUGAAAGGUCAUUGCCAUUGGUGGAUGGGAUGUUACCAUGAUGGUAUCUUUCUCCUUUGUAUCUUGUUUAAAUUGGUAUAUGUAAACUUUGUGAUUAAUCGUUUUUUUUUUUCACCCUUCCA